GAGGAAGCAAAAAGAGGAAGAGGUUACAGCCUGAACUUAAAAAAUACCAACCCUGUUAUGACAUAAACAGAUAUAUGUGUAAAUAUCUUUAAAAUACUAUUGGAUGCUUUUAUUUUUGUCACGCAGCUCAUCAUGAAUGCUGCUGCCAGAGUCCGGACCAACACCAGGCACAAGGAUCGCAUUACAACCGUCCUUUACUGUUUGCAAAAGGAAAUCAUUUAAAACACGUUAAUGGUCUUCAGACAAAAUAAAAACCUGAGAUGUGCAGAAACUGUUAGCGCCCAUAAAUUGGGACGACAAACUUUAAUUCUUACGUCACCUUAUCCAUAAAGGCCAAGGAUUGCUUCAUUUCUAUCAUCUACUGGCUUUAUAUUUGCUUAGGUUUUGUCUUUUUAAUGCGUCUUUCAUUUAUGUGAUCGUGUCAUGUUUAUAUGCUUUAUGUAGUGGUUUUUGGUGGAUUUGGCAACUUCUUCCUAUAAAGAUCUGUUGUGCAACACAUUUCAUAAACAUUUUUUUUUUCUGAAAAAGGUUCCACCUGCCAAACCGAAUUCGUUCAAGGUGGUCGCUCAACUGCUUUUCUCAAAUGAGAAUGAAGAAAAAAUCCAAAAACUGAAUUUUAUAGAAAUGUGAACACGGUUUCUGGUGUCUUACAUGACGUAUAGAAUUCCCAUAACAUAUGAAGCAUGAAUCCACUGCCCGUUUCGCUCGUUUAACAACCAUUUUCUAAGAUAUUAUGAAACAGAUUAUACUGUAUUAUGCAAUGUUCAAACCUCACCGAAUGCAAAAAAAAAAAAAAAAGCACAGCGCUUUCUGAGGUCAUUAAGGAAAGUUAAUACAUCCCAGAAAUUGCUGCUGUGUUUUUAUGUUAUAUUGAAAUUGCAUUCAACAUUGCACUGGAAAUAUGGAAAAGGCUGCAUUCUAAAUUAAUCAACCUCUAUAUUAACAUUUAUCUAUGGUUAAAGUUGGUAAUUUCCUCAUCAUUUAGGGCUGGUUUAAUUUAAAUAUCUAUUCAAACCUUCUGGAUGAACUGUAAGAACUGUUAAAAAACUGACUGACUCUCGAAGCGUCUCUUGCCUUAUUUCCUGUUAACAUCUGAUAAAGGGAAAGGAUGUAAAGCAAGAUAUAAUCGCACUGAUCGUCGCACAUCACAUCUAAAGUAAACAAGUUCAAACAGUUGCUCACAUCAUUCAGAGGAGGAAAUUGGAUUUAAUAUUAGCUGUUUUAAAACACUUAGAGCUAACCUGAUAUUUAAUCAGCUUUUACCUAAAGAAAGAGAAUCCUCUUUCUUUACAGUAAGAACCCUUGAAACCAUGGAUAUCCUGUAGAAACAGUCCUGGUUAUGGAAAAACCUCCCAAAAUAAGCUAGUAAAUCACAUUUAUUACAUAUUUUUACAUUUAUUUUAUAAAAAAAAAAAAAAAAAAAAAAAAAAAAGCAAUCAUGAGCAUGGAUCACAUGCUCAUGAUCACUAAGGAGUGAUAAACCAUCGAGUACGUAAAUGUUCUCCCAUGAUAACAAUCUCAUCACUUCCUGUUUAAACACGAUUAUUUACACAGAAACAACAACCUUGGAGGUAAACUUCAGCACCGCUGUCCCAAUUAUUAAGGUUUUAGGAGAACAUUUUUUUAAUCCACUUUGCAAUUCAGGCUGAAUAUUCUAAACUAUUUCUGAAGUCCUGCAGAGCGGUACAGGGAACCGUCUGCUGCAGUCCACCCUGAGAUGUCUUGCAACAUUUACGAGGACCCAGAUCAGACCAUGAAAGCGAGAUUCAGCAAAGAAAUGGGAGGAAAAGGACAGGAGGCAGUGGAGAAAGUGGUCGACAUCUACGAGAGUGUAGAAACAUGUCCUGUUCCUCGGGUUAAUCCCUCCAGGAAGAUCCGAGAAGCUCGGACUAAAAAGCGUCGAGCAACCGUUCAAAGAAACCCGUACAAGGCUGUCGCACUAACACUGGGUCUGCUGUGCCUCCUGUUGUUGGUGGGGAUUAGUGUGCUGCUCGUAUUAUAUCUAUCAGUUCAUUUGAAACCAGAGCAACCCAGUUGGACAUGUCAACAAAAGCAGAACCAGAGCAACAUAGAAUGGCAGGAGUUUCGUGUGUCACAUUUUUACUAUGCGUCCGCCGAGAAGAAAAACUGGACAGAGAGCAGGAAAGACUGUCAGAGCAAAGGAGGAGAUCUGGUGGUAAUAAACAGCAACGAAGAACAGGAGUUUGUCAAAAGCAUGAAGAUACAUGGAGAUUCCUGGAUCGGUCUUCAGACUAGGGAAGGCCCAGACUGGAAAAUGAAGUGGCAGUGGGUAGAUGGAUCAGAACUAAUACAUAGCUUGUGGGAAAAAGGAGUAAUGAGCCUGCCAGAGGCUGAGUCCAAAGCAUACAUUGAUCAGCGGGGAUGGUGGAUGCACAACAACACUGGACAAAAACACUGGAUCUGUGAAAGUAGAAACGUUGGGAACCUUGCAUGAAAGCAUGUAAACUGGGAGACGCAACAGAUUUGACUGUCCAAGAAAUUUCUGAAAUUUCUGUCUGCAGAAGCCGAUGUGUUAUGUAUCUACUAAAUAAAGCCAAACAUAUACAACAAAGAAAAGUCUUUUCAUUAUGUAAAAGGUUUAACAUUACUUUUUAACCACAAUGCAAGCUUUAUUUGUACCACUUCAUUUACACAUAAGGUGCUUUCAAAGAGAUUUAUAGGAAUGUAAAGUAAAAAAGAAAGUUGCAUUAAAGUAAGGAAUACUUGAAAAUUAUACAAAAUGCGGCACCAUGUACAAAUAAAUGUAAAAAUGAAAAUUCAAAAGAAUUAAUAACUAGGACGAGAUAACAAAGGAGGUGAUGGAGUAA